AUGGAACUACCGGAGGUAUUUUAUAAAAAAGCUGAUUUUAUAGAAACAACUUCGGGCAACAAAGUAUGUCGACGCUCAAUAAUGUGUGGUUCACAAAAUAUUGUUUUGCAAGGCAAGACAAUUGUUAUGGCCGAUUGUAUUGUACGCGGUGAUUUAGCUGCUGUAAAAAUUGGGAAAAAUUGCGUUAUUUGUGAAAAAUGUGCUAUCCGUCCACCAUUUAAAAAGUUUGCUAAAGGUGUUGCAUUUUUUCCCAUACAAAUUGGUGAUCAUGUCUAUAUUGAAGAUGAUUGUGUUAUUAACGCUGCUUCGAUUGGCUCCUAUGUUCAUAUUGGACGAAAUAGCGUGAUCGGUAGACGAUGUAUAUUGAUGGAUUGUUGUGUUAUAUUACCAAAUUCGGUCAUACCGCCAGAAACGGUUGUGCCAUCGUUCACUGUGUAUGGUGGAUCACCGGCAUGUUUUAUUGAAGAAUUUCCAGAAACAGCCAAAGAAUUAAUGAUCGAUGUUACACAAUCGUUUUAUCAAAAUUUUAAACCGACUGUCUAG